GUGAACACUCUCGGAAGGAUACAGUGACGUCUCUCCAGGAAGUAGUACCGGUUAGUGACGGUGUUAAAUGAGGAGCGCGCGCUCGCGACCAGCGCACAACUGCUUGUGACGGGCCAGAGUCUCCGAACGUUCCAGCAGACACUGCUCCAAUAAUGUCUAAGGUUAAAGAUAUGAGCUCUUCCCUCAUUCACUCUCAGCAGCUCCAUGCUGCUAUGGCAGACACUUUCCUGGAGCACAUGUGCCUGCUGGACAUUGACUCCGAGCCCACAGUGUCUCGCAACACUGGCAUCAUCUGCACAAUUGGGCCAGCUUCCCGCUCUGUGGAGAAGCUGAAGGAGAUGAUCAAGGCUGGCAUGAACGUUGCACGCUUGAACUUUUCUCAUGGAACUCAUGAGUACCAUGCUGAAACCAUCAAGAAUGUGCGUGAAGCCACUGAGAGCUUUGUACCUGGAAGCUUUGAGUACAGACCUGUGGCCAUUGCACUGGACACCAAAGGUCCUGAAAUCAGGACCGGACUCAUCAAGGGAAGUGGCACUGAAGAGGUGAAGCUAAACAAGGGUGAGAAAAUCAAGCUGACCCUGGACGACAAAUACAAGGACAACUGUGACGAGAAAACCCUGUGGCUAGAUUACAAGAAUAUCACUAAGGUUGUUCAGCAGGGCAGCAAGGUCUACGUUGAUGAUGGCCUCAUUUCCCUGAAAGUCCUAGAAAUUGGUGGUGACUACUUGAUGUGUGAGAUUGAGAAUGGUGGAAUGUUGGGCAGCAAGAAAGGUGUGAACCUGCCUGGUGCUAAAAUAGAUCUGCCGGCUGUGUCUGAGAAGGACAUCCAAGACCUGCAGUUCGGUGUGGAGCAAGGGGUGGACAUGGUGUUUGCGUCCUUCAUCCGCAAGGCUGCUGAUGUUCAUGCUGUCAGGAAGGUGUUGGGUGAGAAGGGCAAGAAUAUCCAGGUCAUCAGCAAGCUGGAGAACCAUGAGGGGGUGCGCAAUUUUGAUGAGAUUCUGGAGGCCAGCGAUGGUAUCAUGGUUGCCCGUGGAGACAUGGGUAUCGAGAUCCCCACAGAGAAGGUCUUCCUGGCUCAGAAGAUGAUGAUUGGACGCAGCAACAGGAUUGGCAAACCUAUCAUUUGUGCUACACAGAUGCUGGAGAGCAUGAUUAAGAAGCCCCGUCCUACUCGUGCUGAGAGCAGUGAUGUAGCCAAUGCUGUGCUGGAUGGUGCUGACUGCAUCAUGCUGAGCGGAGAGACAGCCAAGGGCGAGUACCCUGUUGAGUCUGUGUUGACACAGCACCUGAUUGCUCGUGAGGCUGAGGCAGCCAUGUUCCACAGGCAAGUGUUUGAGGAGUUGCGUCGCAUCACACACCUGACCCGUGACCCCUGUGAAUCUGUGGCCAUAGGAGCUGUGGAAGCUUCCUUUAAGUGCUGUGCCAGUGCCAUUAUCGUUCUCACCAAAUCUGGAAGAUCCGCUCAUAUGCUGUCUAGAUACAGGCCUCGCGCCCCCAUCAUGGCUGUGACCCGGAACGAGCAGACAGCACGUCAGAGCCAUCUGUACCGUGGCAUCUUCCCCAUCCUCUACAACAAGCCUGCCAAUGAUGUGUGGGCCGAGGAUGUGGACCUGCGUGUCAGCUUCGCCCUGGAGAUGGGUAAAGCCCGGAAGUUCUACAAAUCUGGAGAUGUGGUGAUUGUUGUCACUGGUUGGCGUCCUGGCUCUGGCUACACCAACACCAUGCGUGUUGUUCUGGUGCCUUGAGCACUAUGAAUAAGAACUGUGCCAUUCCCCAUAAUCCCUGAAUCCCAUAGUUUCUUUCUACUUAGAUUUAAUCUACUUGAUAUGUUGACACUCUAAAUGAAGCCCCUGCUAUGUAUUUCCAGAGGACUCUAUGAUGCUGUUUACACUGCAUUUGCUUACUCCUCAACUGUACCAAAAGUAAUCUCAAAGCACUUUGACCAACUGACCAGAGAUUUGCACUCAUCUGCCCUACAGUGCUUCUCCUUGGAGUUUGUACCACACUUUGUUGGUAUGCUUUGUUGUGGCUGUUGUAUAGGUUGUUGUGUAGUGCUAUAGUGUGUGAGGCAGUUGCCUGUAUAAGCUCACCAAAUUGUGAUACAGCCACACCUCUCUUUCAGCUCAUACUUUCAUAGCUGUUCUCUUUGCACACAGACCACUGAUCCAUUCAUUAAACUGACGAUCACCUGA